AAAAUAUAGGGGGUGGACUGGCUCACAAUGACUAGUCUCACUUUAUUUGGAGUAUGUUUUAUACGCAGUAUUUAAAGAGUUGCCAUUUUAGCGUGCCAUACUAUUCAUGCCUGUCAUCCGGAUUCUAUUUUUAGUUAUGAACAUCGUCAUUUUGGUCUCGUGAUGAGCAGUGUGGUGUCUUUCAUCAAAGUUCAAUUCAAUUUCGGCGCAUUUAUUCAUCGUGCUCCUAAUGUUAAAGAAGGACCUCGUUAAUUUAAAUUUAGGAAUCAAAACUUAGAAUAUGCAUCAUCACCGUAGAGAAGAGAAUAGGGCGUUACGGCAAGAACACCGUGCGGAACGUCAAGAACACCGCCUCCACAACAAAGCUGUGAAUGCCGCUAUACAUGGUAACUUCCAAAAGGCAGCAAAAUUGGAGGCACGAGCCGCUGGCGCUCACCACCGGGCAGAAGCUGCAGGACACCGUGCCGACGUGGCUCACCACAAGGCCCAUCAUCAUGUACCACCACCGGUAGUUCAUCAUCAUCAUCAUCCUUCUCCUCCUCCUCAUCAUCAUAGUCCUCCUCCCCAUCACAGCCCUCAUGUAACCGUGGUUCAUCAUCACCCCCCCUCUGGAUACCCAACAGGUCAAGCUCCUCCACCAAGCUAUCCACCAGCCCAUCCUCCAGCCUACCAACCACCAUCUGCUCCUGGAUAUCCUUCAGCAACUGCACCUGGGUAUCCAUCCCCUACACCAGGUUAUCCCCCAUCAGAUAUGGACUUGUGUGAAGUGCAAGUACGUACGGAUAUCCGGUUGAGAGAAAAGCUGGUAGAUGGGAAAUGGGUUCCUCUUUCUGCAGAGAAGGAGGAACUGGAGAUAGUGGAUGUUUGGUCAGCUCCAGAGGCUGUUCCCUUCAUCGACUCCCCCAUUUCGUCAAGUCCGUCUGAUGAAGAGGAGGAGUUACCUCAGUUAUCAAGAAAUCCUUGCCUGUAUCCAGGGUGUGACCUUGGUACUGUUAAAAAUAUGAGGGUGCAUAUGAUGUCUAAACACGCCCCAGUUUGCUUUAAAACUAAGUCUCGUCCCACCACACGGCGAGCUUUGAUUCAAUUGAAAGUAUUGGAGGGCAUUGCAAAGGAAAUGGUAGGCGAGACAGCUACGCCUUUUGAUGUGGUCAGUCGUUUAAAUCGGGAGAAGGCAACCGGUGAACAAGGAGUAGUGUGGUCGAUCGAUGUUAGGACUCUCAGUGCCAUGCAUAAGCUGCGUGAAGUUAUUGGUGGCAUACCAACGGGUGGUUUUUCAGUGAACCCCAUUAGUCACCCGGCGGCUCUCAUACAUUGGCGUUGUUUCGUUGCCAUAGCACACCGCAUUGAUAGACGGAUUCUCAAUAGGAUUGUUGAUCGAGCAGAGUUAGCUGUGCCAGUGUUGUCUCAAGAUCAAAAGAAAAGAAGGCAUCCAGGUACGUCAUUAUCAGUAGAGCCACCCAAGUCAAAAAAAAAGAAGAGGAGGAAGCGAAAGUCGGCACAGCAAUUGCAACAAACUGCAACUCAAUCGUAUCCUCGGCAGGAACCCACAAACCUGGGAGCUGUGCAAAAUCACCCAGCUAUGCUGGAAGCGCCUCUGCAGCUCAAGAAUGGGCAGCAGUCAGUACAGCAGUUAAAACCAACUGCAGCGCAGUUGCCUCCUCGCCAGGAGCCCACGAAUCUGGGAGCCUUGCUAAGGGUGGCAACAAAUGCGUACGAUUCUCAUUUCAACCUCAACCGUCUGCGUCAGGACCUCAGGUUGAGCCUUGGAGAGUGUUUGAAUGAUAUGAGAGAGGCAGAGAAUUUCCAGCUAGAAUCGCGUCGUGUUAGAGUUGUGGGAGGUAUAGCUAUCUUCAGCGACCCUCCGAACUACUCCAUUUACAACGAGGUAUGCCGUCUUCGAGAGGAUGGUUACGAAAUAGGGGUUGGAAUUAAUCCGGCACAGGAUGUGUCACACCUUCAGUUUUCAAGGUUGAUUGAAUUGACAGAAUUUCCCCAAUUCAAAGUCCUUGGCCCAAUAGGUUUGGAUCACAGUAUGCCCCCAUCAGACUGGCCUCAACAAGACCACUUGUUGAUGAGAGUGCUAAGUCAGUGUUACUCCCCACAGCUGCACCGCGUCCUCUGCCUGCACAUUCGGGGUAUGCAUGACGAUGUUACAGCCGAAGAGUGCUACUUGCGUGCACUUUAUAUCCUUCGUCUAGCACGCAUACCUGCAGACCAACGACUACUUCUGCAUUGUUUCACAUCCACAAUAGAAGUUGUGGACGAGUAUCAAAAGUACUUCCCGGGGACGUACUUUGGCUUUUCUAUGAGUGUUGUUGGAUUCAACAGGAAGCAGAAAGAAGCGUGCAAGCACAUAGGUGCACUAAACGACAGACGGCUACUUAUUGAGUCUGAUGGGCCUCAUUAUCGGUCCACGGGUGAGCGGAUUGAGAGGCCGAAUAUGCUAUGGCUCGCGGCAGAAGCAGUGGGAAAGGUAUUGGACCGGGAAGCUCAGCAGAUCUUAGAUCUGACCAGAAAGAAUGGCCUAGACCUUUUCUGAGUGGUCCACUCGGACCCACAGAAAUAUUUAGUUUGUUUUCAUUCCUAAUCUUUUUUAUGAGGGGUGGGGUGGGGGUAAUGCCUAUUAAUUUGUUAUACCACUUCCCUCAUAGUAAAGGAACGGAACUAAAUGGUUAUGAAAGCACUUAAAGAUGCGUUUGUAAUACAUUCUGCACAGGGUCCACCUGUACAAAAGGUCAGCUUCAUCGAAACAACUUCAACUUCAAUUCCAUAGAAUACGGUAAGCUGUGAAUGUUAUGAUUUUCCUUCCACAUAUUUCAGCUGAAGAAUACAGUCCUGCAGGCUUACAUUUUCGGCCUACAGAGAAAGUUACAGUAGCUAAUGUGAUGCUCGCUGCAUCUGCCUUUCGUAUAGGUUUAAGAGUUGCAUGCGUUGCAGACCCUACUAUCUAGAGCGUGGUUUCCAUAAAAUUACUACAUUUUUGUUACAGUGUUUUUGCUGCAAUCGAUACACUGCGUAGCUGUCUCUAAUAAGACCAACCAUUCAGCGACACCUACAACUAUCAACGAUAGCUUGUAGUGAUUUCAUGGAAACGAAGCUUUAUGUUUAGUCUUGAAUAGGUACUCAAAACGGGAGGCCCAGGGUACACAUCAGGCUCUAGUCAAUCCAGUGCAUUCUGCCCGGGCACCCAUCGUAGCAACUACUGCAUGUAUCAUGGGCGGAUAGAGUGGUCACUGACCAUGCCCGUACCAAUCACAACAGUGCCAGGAAGACGUGUCCAAUAAACACGCGCUGUUCCACAAAUGCACAUGCUUUCAUACAUCUAUGCUAUUAUUUUGUGGAACCUUAACAACAAUGUCCAAGGGGUGGUGUAUGGCGAAAAAGGUUGAUUAAGUACAAUGAUGCUGCGACUUACGAGUUAGUUGCUUGCGUUCACUUUUACCUGUCAAGGUCCUGUCAUGCUAUUUGUAACAUUUUAAUCUAUGCCUAGGUGUAGCUUGUAGUAAUUGCAAGGCAUAAUGUUGCUUUUAACCAGUCAUUUGUAUGGUGCUACAUUACAAAUAGAACUCGAUUAGUAGGAUGUUUGAAUGGACACCACCUAAAGGCCUACGUCCUUGUUAUUUUGUAAAAGUUGUACUUAUUAUUUAAUUUUAAAAAACUUAUCUAAUUAGACUUUAUAAUGUUUAAAAGAGAUACUGCAAAAAUUGUUUGUUGAAUGUUAAGCAUGUUUUUGUGACAUACACUGAGCUAUUUAUUACUGUUGGUGAUGUCAGCAAAAAGAUGAAUUGUUGCUUAAGAAUUGAAUCUGUCGAAAUACAAUUUUGAGGCUUAUUGAUACUAUCAAGUUUCAUGUGACCAAUUUGUUUGAAUUGCCCAUAUAUGGACAUGAAAUGUCAUAUCUCAAACUUUUUUUAUCAUGAUUAUGUCGUACCCAUAUAUCGGCCUAUCGUAGAUAUUUGUGACAUGGAAUGUGAUAGUGUGGAUUCAGGUCAGACUUGACAAUGUUGGGUCAGAUUUAAAAAAUCAAAUGCGGUGUAUGAUCGCAAGUAUAGUGGAGAUGUAGCAUCCACAGAGUCUUUUUUCUUAACCUUUAACCCUCAUAAAUCAUCAGAUUGUUUCUUUAUGGUUAGGGCACCUAGAUAUCAGCCAACCUUCUAGGAUAUAUUCAUGAAUAUCUGUUUAUU